UCUAACCACACCUAAUUAACUCAAUAAUCCAUCUCCAACCUUCACCAAUGUCCUCCCAAAGAAACCAAGCAAUCAUACCCCAAGAAGAACAGAAUCCUCACAUGAUGAACUUCUCCAAUUCUCCACCAUCCCAAUCCUCAACAACAACAGCUUCCUCUCCAACAGAGAAAAGAGGCAGAAGAAAACCAGCAGAACCAGGAAGGUUUCUAGGAGUUAGAAGAAGACCAUGGGGAAGAUAUGCAGCAGAGAUAAGAGACCCUACAACCAAAGAAAGACAUUGGCUUGGCACAUUUGACACAGCCCAUGAAGCAGCCUUAGCUUAUGAUAGAGCAGCACUCUCCAUGAAAGGAACCCAAGCUAAAACAAACUUUGUUUACGCUGAUCAAAACUCUUCCUUCCACCCUUUCCUCAACCCAGCGUUCCACUCCCAAACCCUAACCCUAGCUGCAGCACCACCACCCACUCCAUUCCCGCAGUUAGAAGGCCAAAUAAAUGACUUUACUCCAUUCCAUCCAGGUGAGUUGUUUGGUUUGAGUGGAGAUACAAGAUCCGGAGAGUUAAGUAGUAUAAUACCGGAGAGUUAUUGGAACUCAAGUAAUAAUUCAGCUGCUUCAAGGCAAGUCAGUGAUGUUAGUACGGUGAAGGGGUGUACAACGAAUGGAGAAGAGAAUGUAGUUGAUGAAAUGGGAAGUGGGGUUUGGAUGGAUGAGGCAUUAUGGGAGUUUGGAGCUUGUGGAGCUCCAACAUGCUUUGAUGGAGGUAUGGGAGAUUUUAGCAGCUCUUCAUGGAUGUAGCUUUUAGUUUUUAGUGAGCUCAGUUUCAGAAAGUCUUUCUUACUAUCUUUUUGUUCAGUGAGAUGUUUGAAUGACGUGGGGGUAUUUUCUCUUCUGAUAAGAUGAUUUUAUGUACUCUUUUAGUUUCUUAUGAGUGGGUGUUUUCAGGGUUGAUCUUCU